AUGAAACUUUGGAGGCAACAAGAGUGGGAAAAUGAUGAUUACAUAUGUCGUGGUCAUAUUCUCAAUGGUAUGUCUGACUCUCUUUUUGAUAUCUAUCAAAAUUUCGAAUAUGCAAAAGAACUAUGGGAUUCUCUUGAAUCCAAGUAUAUGGUUGAAGAUGCUUCUAGCAAGAAGUUUCUUGAUGAUAAAGUUGCAUGGUGGGUUGAUUCGGGAGCAACAAGUCAUGUUUGUAAAGAUCUAUAUUGGUUCAAGGAAUUUCAACCAAUUGAUGAUGGAUCUGUUGUGAAAAUAGGAAAUGUUGCAACUGAACCAAUCAAGGGCAUAGGAUCUUUUUCUACUUCUUUAUCAGCUUCCGAUUUGAUCAGAUAUUUUAUCAUUUGGUGUAUUAUGUCGAAUUCUAGUGUUAUUGAUGGUGAUUUGUAUUCUUCUAUGAGUGAGAGUGAAGAAGAAGAUGUUGAGAACUCAUUUUUUGAAGGUGGUGAAUCUUCAAGUUCAGUACAUGAUGCACAAUAUUUUGAUGAUAUAAUUGGAGAACAUGUCUAUAAGCCAGAUGUACCUGAUCAACUUAUUCCUUUUAAGGGUUUAAUCUUCAAAUCAUUAAAGUUGGCUAUCAAAAUGUAUUCUGAGUAUGCUGAAAUUGGUGGUUUUGAUAAAAAGAAAUCUUGUGACACAUUAGGUACAAGUGGUGUUAGAAGGAAACAAAAUUCAAAUUCAAGAGCUAUUGGUUGUCAAGCAAAGAUUAUAUUUGAAUCUGUGUAUGGAACUCCAGAUUAUAAAGUUUUUCAGUUUGAUGAACUUCACGACCAUCCACUUGAGAAGAGAAGCGAUUUAAAAAAGGCGAGACAAAUGUCAUAUUCAGAAAAAGAUUUUAUUGUGCGUGCUUCCACAUCAAAAAUAGGUCCAACUAUGGCUCAUAAGUUGAGGGCAAGUCUGAGAGGUGGGUAUGAGUUUGUAAAGACCAAAGUAGUUGACUAUAAAAAUUUAAGGAGAGAUAUCAACAGGGUUAUUGCUUAUAAAGAUGCCCAAAUGAUAGUAAACACAAUGAAUGACCGUCGAGCUCACUAUCCAAAUUACGCAUUUGAGUUUAAUUGUCAAGAUGAUGUUUUGGACUGUAUGUUUUGGGCUGAUGAAAUGGAGAAGGCAUAUUAUGCUGAAUUUGGUGAUGUUAUCUCGUUUGAUGCGACUUUCCGAACAAACAAGUAUCGAAUGGUUUUUGUUUCGUUUACUGCUAUUGACCAUCAUAAAAAAUCGUUACUUAAAGCAUUUCUUAAAACUCAUGGGAAAGAACCAACACUUGUUUUAACUGAUCAAGAUGCUACAAUAAAACAAGCUGUUGAGAAUGUGUUUCGUAAUUCAAAGCACCGAUUAUGUAUGUGGCAUAUAAUGAAAAAGUUGAAAAAAAAGAUAUCAGAUGAUUUAUUUACAAACACAGACUUUAGAAAAAGGUUUUCGAAGCUUGUUUGGGACAUUAAUAUGAAACCUGAUGUUUUUGAGGUGAAGUGGGGUUUGCUUAUGAAGGAAUUCAAUCUUGAAGACACAAGAUGGUUUGAAGACAUGUUUACAAUACGUGAUUCAUGGAUACCUAGAUAUUUUAGUGAUAUUCCAAUGUGUGGUUUGAUGAAGACUACAUCGAGGUCAGAGAGUAUGAAUUCAUUCUUUAAUACAUAUUCAGAAAGUGGGAACUUACUUUUGAAUUUCAUGAUGAAUUACGACACUGCCAUUCAAAAGCAAAGGAAUACUCAACGAGAGCUUGAUAGGGCAUCAAAGAAAGCAUCAUAUAAAAUGCAAACACCUCGAGAAAUAGAACUGCAAGCAUCAAAGGUUGAAAUAAAAGCUGAAGAGAAAGAAAUAAAUUGUAGUUGUGAACAUUUUAAGUGUAUAGGUGUUUUAUGCAGACAUGCUUUUACAAUAAUGAUGAGAUGUGGUGUUAAAGAAAUUCCUGAAAGGUACAUUUUGAAGAGAUGGAGAAAGGAUGUGAUAUCAAGAAAUUAUCGUUUUAGUUCUGUUCAAUCCGAUUCAGGUGAUUGUGAGAAUGUAAAGCUAGUCAAUGAUUCAUAUUAUAGUUUUGAAUCAUGUUUGGAUAUUGUAACAGAUGACAAAAAGAGAUUGACUUUGUUUGCUGAGAAACAACAAAUGUUGUUGAAGGAAUUUGAGAGUGAUUAUAUUUCUCCUGGAUUGAAAAGCAAGACAGAUGGUGAAGUCGUAUGCAAGCUUUUGGGUGUUACUAUUCCUAUUCCAGAAGAGAUUAAUAUUCAUGUUCCUGAAGUUCAAAGCAAUAAAGGUUCUGGAAUCAAGAAAAGAAUUCCAAGUGCAUGUGAAGUAGCAUAUGAAAAUUCUAAAAAAGAACAUAGAAUGUGUCCAGGAUGUGGAAAGCGAGUUCCACACAAUUUACGUACUUGUCUAGAAAGAGUUGGAGCUGCUAAAUCAGCAAAAGACAGUUAG